AUGACACUCGUUGACAAUGAAAAAUGUACAAUAGGAGUGCCGCCAAUUACUCGACCUUUGCCAGAAUUCGCAAAUAAUGAGGGCAAACUUGGUUGCCAGACCCAAGCUGAAGUAGACUAUGGGCUCUUAGUCGCAUCAUGUUACUGUGCCGACAAGGAUUUCUGCAACAACAUCAUAAACGUCAUAGGAAUGCUUGAAGAAAUUGUUAAUAAGGAUAAUGAGGUAGGAGUGUCGCUGAUUAUUCGAGCCCUCAAACAACCUUAUUUCGAAGAACACGAUCACGACUUCGAUCGUCAAGAUUUUAAAGUGAGUGUUCACACCAAGACGGGUCGUCUAGUUGGUUUCGAAUUGUACGGCAUGGACAAAGAGCUAGUAGAGAAUCUCAGUUUACGACAAUCCAAACUGGUGAAGCCCAACUGUAGAAUUGAAGUUGAUGACGUAAUGGGCGUUGUGAAUGCUAGAUACACAUGCAAUCAUACCGACAAAUGUAACUAUCUCGUCGGUUUCCUGAAUUGCAUGUACAGUCGUCAGUCUUUUGAAAAAUAUUCUUCCCGACUCGUUCUCGAAGCCGUUGUCGAUGGUAUUCUACCGCCUAUCGAAUUGGAUGAAGGAGCACGAUCCACCCUAGAAAACGUGACCACAAAGAUUCAACACGCACUAGAUGAAAUUGCUCCCAUAUUCGAAAAUACGCACCCAACGCUACCGAAUAUCGAAGAAGAGUUCGCACAGUACUCGAGUACCGCUGAAGAAGCGACUGACAAUACUUUCGAAUACCUUGUACUCCUUCAUGCUCGGAUCCAUGGCUUCAAAGCACACGCUGAGCUUCUCAACACGUCCCACAAACGCUCCACUACGAACAGUGGCAAACAUGAAGCCGUCCUCACUGCGGUCGCAAAGAAUCUGAAGCUACCCACAAUCCCAAUCUCAACAUUCAAUGGCGACAUAUGA